AUGAUAUUUGUGGUUAUUUGCGUCGGUUGUCUUGCCAUCUACAUCUAUCACAGUUGGUUCCGACGAAGGAAGUCUACACCGAAGCUGUUCUAUGGUGAUUCCAAACUCCACGAGUACAUUAUAAAUAAAGUACCACGGCUGAAAGAACCUUACACCCCGCCGUUGGGACUCGGCAAUAGACAUUUACAUACAAUUAUCUGUUGCCUGGAGUUCUCGCCUCUGAACUACAAGCGAGAAAACGUACAUUUACCGGACGGUGGUCUCGCCUCUCUAGACUGGUUGGACAACGAGGCGUGUCUGACGGACACAAGUCCCGUGUUGGUCGUAAUUCCGGGGGUGGGGGGAGGGAAGGAGGGUAUUAACAAAGUGUGCAAGAUGGCGGCCGGGAGAUUCAGAGUUGUAGUGUUUAACAGACGCGGUCAUUGUGGUUCCUUACUCACAACACCGCGUCUCCAGUGCUUUGGGGAAACAAGUGACUUUCGAUACUGUGUGGAGCAUAUUCACCGGAAGUUCCCUAAGGCCGCAAUGGCUGGCGUUGCUUACUCCGCAGGAACGGCUGUACUGAGUAGAAAUCGAGGGCAUGAGUACCAGCGGCCUAACUGGAUGUUGGUGACGACAGAGAAAGGUGGUCACUGUGGAUUCAUAGAGAACUACAAGCUUGAAUCCUGGGCAGGGAAACUGGCUGUGGACUACAUCGAUGCAGUGUUGGAGUAUCAAGACGCAAGAGAGGAGGACAUUACACUUAAAUGUUGAGAUAUCGUGUGACAAAUCUUUCUGAUAUAAUUACAAAUACAUUUUAGUGAUUCUCAAUGUUGAUUGGUCAGUUGAUGAAGCCACAGUGCUCAAUUGUUAAAACAUACACUUUGACGUCAGCCAUUGUUCAUGUCGUAACAAAUUGAUAAUAUUACGUCAUGUGAGCAAUUUGCUGGCUUCAGUUAAGAUUUUCUCAGUAACCUUGACAUUUGAUACGAUUUACCUUCAUUUUCUUUUUUAAACUGAUACUGAGUAAUUCGGGAUUACAGAUUACCUGUCCAUGCUGUAACUCGCCAUGAGCGUCAAGCAAUCAUUCACUCAGAAUAGAUGAUGUGUAAUUCCUCAUUGUUGAUUCUCAAAUUAUGUUACACCCAUCGCCCAUCGUUGACGUAUGUUUUACUUGAACUGCGUAGAUAUUAAAUCCCUGAGUUUCAUAA